AAGUUUGGAAGAAAAGAACUUGAAUUUUUAUUUAGAUUAGAACACCACUAACCAGCUGGUUCAUAUUAGGAUUUACUUUGUUUAAUUUAAGUGUAACUAAAUAAAAAUAUUACAAUGAUUUCCGGAAGGACUUAUAAAAUAGCUAAACAAGUAUCAAUCAUAUCAAGAUGUUAUUCCGAACAAUACCCAACAAUUACUACACAUUAUACCAUACACCCUAGAGAAAAGGAUCCUAGAUGGAAAGAUGUAAACAUGGAACGUUUUACUGAUGAAACGGACAUCCUAAUAGUUGGUGGAGGCCCAGCGGGAAUGUGUGCAGCUAUAAGGGCCAAACAGUUAGCUGAAAAAGAUGGCAAGGAACUGAGAGUAUGCCUAGUCGAAAAAGCUUCUGAGGUGGGUGGUCACAUACUCUCAGGAGCCGUCAUACAAUCGACAGCCUUGAAUGAAUUGAUACCUGACUGGAAAGACAAGGGAGCUCCUCUUAACACCCCUGUAAAGGUGGAUAAAUUUGGUUUCUUGACGGCUAGCGGGAGAAUCCCGGUUCCUGUAUUGCCAGGUACACCCAUGUACAACCACGGAAAUUACAUUGUACGUUUAGGACACGUCGUUCGAUGGUUAGGAGAACAAGCCGAAGCCUUGGGGGUGGAAAUCUACCCGGGUUAUGCGGCUUCUGAAAUACUUUACCAUCCGGAUGGUAGUGUCAAAGGCAUAGCAACAAACGAUGUUGGUAUAGCGAAAGAUGGGAGCCCUAAAGAGAAUUUUGAAAGGGGGAUGGAACUGCAUGCAAAAUGUACGAUUUUUGCUGAGGGGUGUCACGGGCAUCUCUCUAAGCAGAUUAUAAAACAGUUCAAUUUAAGGAAAGAUGCGGAGCCUCAGACUUACGGAAUAGGUUUGAAAGAAAUUUGGGAAAUAGACCCCAAAAAACACAACCCGGGUCAAGUAGAACAUACAUUCGGGUGGCCUUUAGACAAACAUACUUACGGGGGAUCAUUUCUGUAUCAUCUAAAUGAAUCUACUCCUCUCAUCGCAGUCGGUUUUGUGGUAGGUCUUGAUUAUACAAACCCCUACCUGAGUCCGUUUAAAGAGUUCCAACGAUUCAAGCAUCACCCUUCGGUUAAACAUUAUUUCGAGGACGGAACUAGAAUUUCAUAUGGAGCAAGAGCAUUAGUCGAGGGAGGUUUCCAGAGUAUUCCCAAACUUACAUUCCCAGGAGGCUGUUUAGUUGGGUGUUCUGCAGGUUUCCUCAAUGUGCCGAAAAUAAAGGGCACCCACAAUGCCAUGAAGAGUGGCAUGCUAGCUGCCGAGAGCGUGUACGAGACCAUAAACGGAGAAAAGCAAGAAACUGAAGGGGUCGAACCCAAGAUCUAUGAAGAGAAAAUUAAAAACAGUUGGAUUUGGAAAGAGUUGAAGGCUGUCAGAAAUUGCAGACCUAGUUUCCAUAAUCCUCUUGGGAUUUACGGCGGUAUCGCUUACAGCGGAUUUUCUAUCCUUAUUGGGGGACGGGAACCAUGGACUUUUAAACACGGAGAUCCUGACAAUAAAAGACUGAAACCAGCGAAAGAAAGUACCCCCAUUGAAUAUCCCAAACCCGACGGGAAGGUCAGUUUUGAUCUUCUAACUUCAGUUGCCCUGACCGGAACCAAUCACGAGGGGGACCAACCGGCCCAUUUAACGCUUAAAGACGACACCGUACCUGUAAAAACCAACCUUGCCGUUUACGAUGGACCCGAGGCAAGGUUUUGUCCUGCGGGUGUGUACGAAUUCGUUCCAUUAGAAUCCGGUGAAGGUCAACGAUUGCAAAUAAACGCCCAGAAUUGUAUCCAUUGCAAAACCUGUGAUAUUAAAGACCCUAGUCAGAACAUUAAUUGGGUGGUUCCGGAAGGUGGCGGCGGUCCAGCUUACAACGGAAUGUAACUUAGAUUAACAAUAUUUUAAUUGAUAGUAAAUCAAGGUUUGUUAAUUUUAUUGUUUUUGCACAUAAUUAUUAUUAGCGAAGUAUUUUGUCUUCACUUUAUUAAUUUUAUCACGACAUGUUUUUUUUAUAUUUAUAAGUUUUCUGUUGAAACGUGUAAAUGCCUGUACAUAUUUUUAUAUAAUAACCAAC